AUGGAGGUCACAUAUCUGUUCUACUUCGUAACACUCCUCACGAUCACCCUCCCCUUCAUCCUCUUUGGCCGCCGGCGGAGUCACCUGAAACUACCUCGCACCAUCCCUGAUGUCCUCCCCAUCAUUGGUCACCUUCACCUCAUCGUCCGCUGGCCCUCUCAACCCCUCCACCGCACCCUCGCCGAACUCUCCUCCACCUACGGCCCAAUCCUCCACCUCCGCUUUGGCUCCCGCCCCGUGCUCAUCAUCUCAUCCCCCUCAGCUGUCGAAGAAUGUCUUACCACCAACGACAAAAUCUUCGCCAAUCGCCCAUCACUUCUUUCUACCAAGUACCUUGCUUUCAACAACUCCAUGAUCGCGGCCGCCCCCUACGGCCCCCACUGGCGCAACCUCCGUCGAAUCGCUACCACUGAACUACUCUCCACCUCCCGCAUCGUCUCCUUAGCUCUAAUCCGUGCCGACGAAACUCAAUCCCUCCUCCACUCCCUAUUCUCCGCCGCAGCCAUCGCCGACAACAAAUGGAGUCGCGCCGAGAUGAAGUCAAGAUUAAAGAGGCUGAAUUUUAACUCUAUCAUGAGAAUGGUGGAUGGUGAGGAGAAUAACGAGGAUAGCUUUUGGAGGAUGAUAGAGGAGGCGUUUAGACUGACUAGUUUCUCGAGCGUGGAGGAUUUUCUUCCUUGGACUAGUUGGUUUAGUUUGGGGGGCAUCAAGAGGAGAAUGAUGAGAUUGGAGAAGGAGAUGGAUGAGAGGUUUCAGCGUAUGGUGGAUGAGAGGAGGAGGAGAAGGGUGGUGGUGAAGGAGGAGGUGGAGAAGAAGACUUUAAUUGAUGUGAUGCUUGAUUUACAGCAAGAGGAACCAGAGAGAUACUCAGAUCUAAUCAUCAAGGGGAUGCUAUGGGCUUUAAUUGCAGCUGGAACAGACACUACAUCCGUGACCGUGGAAUGGGCGCUCUCUCUUCUCCUAAACCAUCCCAAAGCCCUAAAAAAGGCCCGAGAUGAGAUAGAUUUUCACGUAGGACACGACCGUUUGAUCACAGAUUUAGAUCUCCCUCAUCUUCCCUACCUUCAAAACAUAAUCAAAGAAACUCUCAGACUAUAUCCAGCGGGUCCACUCUUACUCCCACACCAUUCAUCCGCAAACUGCACUGUAGAAGGUUACCACAUUGCAAGCGGCACGAUGCUGCUAAUAAAUGUUUAUGCGAUUCAGAGAGAUCCGAAGCUGUGGAAAGAGGCGGAGAGUUUCAGGCCUGAGAGGUUCGAUGAAGGAGAAGGAGCAGAAGGUUUUAAGUUCUUUCCCUUUGGUUCGGGAAGAAGAAGGUGCCCGGGAGAAGGGAUGGCGAACCGAGUGUUGGGCUUGACGCUUGGAGCUCUGGUUCAGUGUUUUGAGUGGGAGAGAGUUGGAGAAGAAAUGAUUGAUUUGAGUGAAGGGGAGGGGGCUACGCUUUCAAAGUUGGUUCCUUUGGAGGUGAAGUAUAAGCCUCGUGAAGCUAUGGCGAAUGUUCUAUCGCAGCUUUGA